AUGAUACAGAUAAGAGUUCAUUCAAAUAAAAGGGAUUAUUCAGAUAAUGAAGGGCGUUUUCUCCAUUCGUCCACCACACAAGCCAUUACCACCAAAUUAAAUUAUGUUAAGAAAAUAGCAGCCAAGCACGGUUAUCCUGGUCUAACACAUUGUCUGAAUGAACAACAUCAAUGCUCGCAAUACGCACCCACUACACGUACAAGGGCCAGCACUAACUUGGAAGAUCGUAUAUGCCUCCCAGUCACCUUUAACCCAUAUGUUAAAGCAAUAUAUUCUGAGAUUGUCAGGAAACAUCAGUUACAAAUAGCCUAUAGAAGAUGCCCCACAAUCUUCGAAAUCCUCAGAAAUGGAAAGGACUAUCCGGUUCAUAGCAGACUUCGUGGUGUCUACUCCAUACCACUCAAGGAUAACAGAUGUAACAAGAGCCUCAUAUAUAUUGGUUCAACCAAGCGCUCUUUGACUACCAGAAUACGCAAACAUCAAACGGAUCUUCGACACAGGAGAUACACCACGGCCCUAGCCACCUUUGCAUCUGAUCCUGAAUUCGACAAGGCUGACGUCAUUGACUCUACACCCCAUCUAAAACAUCUAAAAUGGCUAGAAGCCGUAUCCAUCUACAUGGCUAACCACAUGACCACAUGUAUAAACCAAAAAGAUGAGUUUAAUCUUUCUCUAGCAUGGCAGGCCCUUAUAAAUGGCGAUCUUUAA